ACAAAUGAUAUGACAAAACAAUAAUUCGACGCGCCAUCUACAGGCGAUAUCGUGCUAGUGCAGGGACAUUUUUGCUCACAUUCUAGUCUAUUAAUAUUCAGAGCUCCACCAUGUGUCAGGUCAACAAUAUCUUGUGACAGGCAGCUUCGUUCUCGAAGGGGCAUGCGGUCAUUUUAUGAACAGAAAUUGAAAAUAUUUCCAGCCUUGCCUGUUACAAAUACCAAACAAAUGUUUUAAGCAAGUUUAUCAUUGUUUAUUGGAGUAUUGCCAGUAAUUGAGAAUCUUGAAGAGCGUUCAAGGCGCACAACUCUAGGAGGCUUCUAAACACAAAAGCUCUUUUUGGGAUGUCCCGGGACACCUUUGCCUUCACCUCUGCCUCUCUGCGCUCCUUAAGGCUGGAGCAGGAGCUGCAGGACUGGGAGGACGCCAGGCGGGCUCUGGCACACAGGAGGGCUAUGAUAAGACGUCCGUUACCCGCCGCCCCCAGACUCCGACAUGGAAACGAGAGGAUCCAGACGGUACGUGCUCCACCACCCCAAAUACAGUGCAGAGACGCAGCCAUCCAUAACAUCUUUAUGUGUGGAGAUAUGAAGAGAGUGUAUACGGUCCUCAAAGACGCAGGCAUGGUGAAUGCACUGAUGGAGACUGUACAUGAGGAGAUGGUGUGGGCACCGGAAAUGGGAAUGUGGACUCUUACCUCGAAGGUAAAGCAGACGUCUGCGCUGCGUCUGGCUGCCAGCAGGGGACACUCCGGCUGUGUCGAGGAGCUGCUGUUCAGGGGAGCAGAGGUGGAUGCAGACCCCGGCGGCCGUACAGCUUUACAUGAUGCCUGUUCUGGAGGCCAUCACAUCUGUGUGCGCCUGCUCCUAGACCACGGGGCUGAUCCAGACCUGCUUGCUGUAGACGGCAAUGCCCCGUUGCACCUCUGUAAUGCAGCAGAAACAUAUCAGUGUGCUGAGCACUUGGUGACGGGUGGUGCGCUGGUGAAUGUGGCCCAGCGAGACUCUGGUCUCACCCCUCUUCACGUGGCCUGCAGGAGAGGACUGGAGGACCACGUGGAGCUCUUCCUGUCCUAUGGAGGAGACGUGACAGCUCGAAGCCAAGAGGGCGAAACGCCCUUGAACGCAGCCUGCGCAGGGGCGGAGAGACCUGCAGAUGCAGGACGGUAUCUGCGUACUGUGCAGAAGCUGCUAGCGGCCGGGGCUGAUGCACAGACUGCUGGGAGGAAGAAGCAUACGGCCCUGCACAACGCCUGUGGAAACUGUUGUCCCCGCAUAGUAAAGCUGCUGCUGGAACAUGGGGCUCGUGCGGACGUAGCUAACUGUGCUGGAUACACACCCAUGGACUGCCUGUUACAGGUAAUAGAGGAUUACCCAGACCAGCAGCCAGAGCUCGUGGCUCAGUCUCUUCUUAACUAUGGAGCACAGCCACCCUCCCCUAGAAUGCUGAAACUCUGCCUGCCCUCUCCUGCCACUUUGGAGGUAAUGCUGAACUGCUACCCAGUCAUCCCAGUGUGUGAGGAGUGGUUAGAGGACAUACCAGAGGAACUACUAAAGGAGCAUCAGUGUUUCUUCGACGCGGUCAGACAGAUGAUAGGUCAGCCGCGCUCUCUUCAGCACCUCUGCCGCUGUGCGCUCCGCAGACACCUCCGGUCACUGUGUCACCUCGCAAUAGUCCAGCUCAACAUUCCCAGCACUUUAAAAGAUUAUCUCCUGCUGCGUAAUGAGGGACUGCUCCGCUGAGCUGCAUUUUUUGACAAACAGAAAUAGCUGACAAUGGGUUUAAUUUGUUUUGCACAAUAUUUAGCAUCUGUGAUAAACAUAUGUUGUUAUAAAUUGAUGUUUAAUGAUUUCAGAUCUUUCUGGAUGCCUCUUGACAAUAGAAGUAAUGAGGAUUAAUGGCCCCGGGCCAAAUGGGACAGUGCCCUGGGGACUUUGACCAUCAGUGGCUUUGAACUGAGAGGACCACAGCGGCUUAACAGACAGAAGUAAAGCACUGCAGAUGUAAUAUUGAUACUGAUAGGUGGGGAAGUGCUUUAAUAUGUGCCAGUGGCGGCUCUCACAAUGUGAAAUAAACAAAGUGUUAUUAAUAAAUUAAUAAAAUGCACUCUUGGCACUAACUGAAUGCAUUAUUGCUGUAUUUAUAAUGUAUUUAUUAUUUUGAUGUUGUAUACAAAUAUACACUCUCACUGUU